UUGGCAGAGACAGGAAGUACUCUAUGUAAAAAAGUAUCGUUACCCUGUGGUUACUAGGCGCCAACUGCAACAAAAGUUACGGUUGCAAAAGGGCAGUUAAUGAAAGGAAGAAACUCUUGUUUCCAAACGUGUAGUUGCUGCAUUAAGCGUUAAAUUGGCUGAAGAACAUGACAUGUCCAUUGGUUUAACAACAACUUCACGGUCUUAUACUCAAUAUUAUGUGUAUUUGUGUUCAUCUGAAUUGGUUAUUCAAUGUCCAAGGAGCGUGCUUCUUUGAGUUCAAAAACGUACCAGUUUACAUACCCAUCUGUUGCUGUUUGGCAUGAUUUCAAUGAUCUCAACUUGAAGCCUUUGAAGAAGAAAGAAAAUUUAGCCAAAGAUGAAGCAGCAGUGAGUCUUGGAAAGUCUGUUUCCUCAACAGGUAUCUUAAGUGGAAAUAAAAAGAAAUCUGGAAACAUGAAAAGGAAGAAAAAUGCAAAUAAGUUUGUUGGAGCUUUUAUUCACCCUACACAGUUCCAGUUGGAGCACUCGGUACUGCUACCAUCUUCAAGAGCAGGCAUACGCUUGCAGCCAAUAAAGAAUGCACCUAUUCCAAGAAAAGAUGAAAAAGAAGCUCACAGUUUGCCUAGUGUUGCUGAAAGACCCAAAUUUUGUGUUGAAGAAAGAGCAUUAACAUUUUUAGAAGAGAAAGUUAAAAAAAGUCCAAACUCAAGUUCGCUUUGGAAUCCAAAUGACAAGAGGGAGCAUACAGAGCUUGCAAAAGAGCCUUCAUUGUUUCUUGAUAUCAAUUAUGGAUCAGAUGGUGAUCUUGACAUUAUUGAAAUACCAGAUUUGGUAAGGACAUGCAGAGUUGAAAAUAUUAAUUAAAUAAAAAAACAUCCAGAAAAAUGUUUAACUCUUCUAGACAUUUGAAUUAUGUUAUAAACCUAGCUCUUUGAUUUUUUAAUCUCUUUGUCUUGUAGCUGUACAUUUCUUUUAUUUCCUAUCAUUUUCAUGUAAAAGUUAUUGAUAUAUAAUAACUUAGCCUUAAGGCACAUUUGAGUUACUCGAACACUGAAUUAUUUUAUUUUAGUUGUUAGUAUAUCCAUGAGCAGGCAAUCGUGUGCCUAAAAAGGCUAUUGUUUUUCCAAAAGAAAUGUUUAGGUUCUAUAGUUUUAUAUGGACAUAAU